GGGAGCUGACAGAAGAAUCACGGCAGUUUUGCGGUGCCCCUUGGAAGCAUGGAGGCCUACAACCAGUCUGCAGCCCUCAACUUCAGCCUGCCACUCAACUUCGGCAAGCGCCCCACCGACCUGGCCCUUAGCAUCAUCUUGGUAGUCACGCUGCUCCUCGUCAUGCUCUCGUUGGGCUGCACCAUGGAGUUCAGCAAGAUCAAGGCUCACUUUCUGAAGCCCAAGGGGCUGGCUAUCGCCCUAGUGGCCCAGUAUGGCAUCAUGCCCCUCACCGCCUUUGUGCUGGGCAAGGCUUUCCAAAUGAGAAAAAUUGAAGCACUGGCCAUCCUGAUCUGCGGCUGUUCACCCGGAGGGAACAUGUCUAAUCUCUUCAGUUUGGCCUUGAAGGGGGACAUGAAUCUCAGCAUUGUGAUGACCACCUGUUCCACCUUCCUCGCUCUGGGGAUGAUGCCACUCCUCUUGUAUAUCUACAGCAGGGGCAUCUACGAGGGGGACUUCAAGGACAAGGUGCCCUAUCGUGGCAUUAUGAUAUCCCUGGUCAUGGUUCUCAUUCCGUGCACCAUAGGGAUCAUCCUCAAGUCCAAACGACCACAAUAUGUACCCUAUGUCAUCAAGGUGGGGAUGUUCCUCACUCUCUCAUUCAGCAUUGCCAUCGCCGUCCUUUCUGCCAUCAACGUGGGCAGCAGCAUCAUGUAUGUCAUGACCCCGUACUUUCUGACCAUCUCGGCCCUCAUGCCUUUCAUCGGCUUCCUGCUGGGCUAUUUCCUCUCUGCUCUCUUCCGCCUCAAUGGACAGUGCAGACGUACCAUCAGCAUGGAGACAGGAUUCCAAAACCUGCAGCUUUGUUCCACCAUCCUCAAUGUGACCUUUCCCCCUGAAGUUAUCGGACCACUUUUCUUCUUUCCUCUCCUCUACAUGAUUUUCCAAUUUGCAGAAGGCAUUAUCAUCAUUGCUGUUUUUCGGUGCUAUUUAAGAUUCAAGCCUCCCAAAGAUGAAACAAAAAUGACCUACACAGCUGCUGCAACUGAAGAACUUCCAGGAAAUCUGGAGAACGGCACCGUCAAGGGCGAGGAGAGCUCCCCCUGCACAGACUAGUACCCUCUUUGGGGGCCUGGACUCUGGUCAGCUAGCAACUCAAAGCCAGGGCAGGAACUGUAGGGCAAGGAUCAAAGCCACAGCCAUCGUGCCAGCCUUGCCCCGGCCCUUGGGCCUUCUGCACCAUCAAGUCGUCGCCUGGAGGACAGAGAAAUCUCCCAGGUAGACGCACUAGCCCCCUGUUAAAAUUUACUUGUUACUCUAAGGUCUUGCCCUGUGACUGCCAGCUCUACGAAGGGCAAACUGCCUCUUUCCCCUCCAUCGCUAGACCCACACAGGCAUUUGGUGUCUGAAUGAAACACCCAUUAAUCAGAUACUCAAAUCUCAUUCCAAGAAUUGUGAACUAAAACUGAAAUAAAUGUUCAAAAGUA